GUUAUAUAUCCUGAUCUGUUUUAUCUCUUGAUUUUCACCACCACUGUGCACUUGUGCUUUAGUAAAUUUGCCAUGGAAUAAGGGGUCUCGGGUUGUUUUUUGCUGUUUGGAUCCAGAGUUUGUUGCGCCACAUGAUUCUGUAGUAGAUGAUUUAUCUAAAUUGUUUCCAUGGAAAUCUAUCUUCUAUGGUGGUUCUUACCUCUCUCUGUUCUUCAAUUCUCUUUGCAGCAGGGAUUAAACAUCGAAGGUGGGCCGCCACUCCAUGGAACUGGAUCAACAGAGGAACUGGCAAAAUCUGAGUCCGAACGGAUAAAAACCUUCUACCAGACAAUCCUCUCGGUGCUCGUGGUGUUCAUCGUAGCGGCACUGUCAGGCUACAAGGACAUCAAGGAGCUCUACUCGAUCACGAACCACAAGAAAGUACAUCUCAGUAACCUUCUUGUCGCUGAGGGCCUCUUGAUAAUCAUGACCUUCUUGUGUGCGGUUGCCCUAAUGAUGGUCGAGUUCUUCGUGUACCAAUAUGCCCGGCGAGGCCGUUCCUGGGACAGGGUUGUUACCAUCCUUGUCGCGGUCACCGGCACGAUGCUAAUUGCGGCCAACACGGUCCUCGUCAUCGUCACCAACAGAAACAACUCGGCGCUCUCCGUUAUUCUCGCGCCGGUGGUGGUGCUUGUCAGUGUGGCUGUGCAUGCCGGAGCAUGGAUGGAGGAAGAGCGCAGCGCAACGCUUGGCAGCAGGUACGACAUGGUGAUGAAGGGCACCUUUGACAUGGCCACCAUUGGCACUAUGGCUUCCUUCGCUCUGCAGGGGACCGUCGCCUUCGGCUACCUGAAAACCCCUGACAACAAUCAGGGCAAAGGGGACCCGCCGCUGGACCUUGCUGUGUGCUUCGCCACCUCCACGUUCUCCCUGGUCAUGAUGAUGAUCUGCGCCAUGCCUCUGGUGCUUCUCCCGGCCAACAUGCUGGAGGAUCUCAUCAGGGUCGUCGAGAGGCUCAGGCACGUCGUGCUUGCCGCGCUUGCUGUGAUGGCGCUGGUAGUCUCCGUGGAGUUCCUGGAGGGCUUCGUCGUGCUCACCGUCUGCCCGGAGGCUGUCGCCCUGGUCCUGUAUUACGCGGUGGAGUUCUUCUCACGUGAGGCCCAUGGGGGGAGCUUGCCAUGGCUGGACUUCGUCUUCCGGAUCGUUGCCGCUGUGGGAUUCUCGCUCAUGACCGGCCUUUAUGGUGCUUUCCUUGGGACCGACCACUACAGCGUGUACCUCAAGGCCGCCAUGUUCAUCCUCCUACUGGCAGUUCUGUCAAGCUUGAGCCGCUUGGCCAUCCCGCUUGACCUCCCUGAGGUGGGAGGAGCAGGAGCUCUUGAGAUGGGCAUCGCGGGUAUAGUGGUCGCCUUCCCGGUGGCGGCGCUCCUGGCUGCCAUUCCAUUGGUGCUCAAGUGCAGCUUCCUGUUGCAUCAGCAUUACUGUAGCAGCAUCGUAUCAUGGAGCUUCGCUUUGCAAGCCCUAUUUCACAAGGCAAACAAUUUUUCCUUAUGUGGGUGCAGACUGCAGGCUGCGGCAUGGAUUUGGCGAGGCAUUCUGCUCCAGAAUUGGGCAAGCAAGGACUUGGACUGGACGGUAGAUGCUUUCCUUUGCUUACCAGCUCGCUGCACGGAAAGCAACAGCCGCCUUAACCCUUUCGGCUGAGGCUCGACAGCUGCUUGACCACGGAGACCAUUUUUGCUGCGAAAUUGUCCAGUGCGUCGACGCUAAUAGGCUCUUGUAAGCUCAUACUCGGCAACCGAGGGAACAUGGAAAUGCCACCAGCACAGCACAGAGCGAAAGGCGCAUCGAUGAGCACGUAUUGUUGUUAACAAAGUC